CGGCCUCUCGGUGCUGCUGCGAGAAAAGCGGCUGCGAGUCAAGUACGAGCUGCGGAGGCACCAGAAAGCCCAGAGCACCAUCCCCAAGAUGUUCCAGGCCGUGGUCCGCAGGCACCCUGAGAAGACGGCGCUGAUCUACGAGGCCACGGGCGAGCAGUGGAGCUUCCGCCGGCUGGACGAGUAUUCCAACGCCGUGGCCAACUGCUUCCACCAGCAGGGCUACCUCCCGGGCGACGUGGUGGCCAUCUUCAUGGAGAGUCGCCCCGAGUUCGUGGGGCUGUGGCUCGGGCUGGUGGAAGCCGCCCUGAUCAACUUCAACCUGCGGCUGGACUCGCUGGUGUACUGCGUGACGGCCUCGGGGGCCAAGGGCCUCGUCUUCGGGGGGGAGCUAGCGGCCGCGAUCUCGGAGGUGAACGGGAUGCUGGGGAAGAACAUGGCCAAGUUCUGCUCUGGGGACUACACCCCAGGGGUGGUUCCUGCAGAGACCAGACACCUCGACCCUCUCCUGAGCGCCGCCUCGACGUCGCCCCCGCCGCAGGUCCCCGGCAAAGGCCUGGAUGAUCGCCUCUUCUACAUCUACACCUCGGGGACGACGGGGAUGCCCAAAGCUGCCAUCGUGGUGCACAGCAGGUACUUCCGCAUCGCCGCCUUCGGCUACCACGCCUACGGGAUGCGCCCGGACGACGUCCUCUACAGCUGCCUCCCCUCGGUGUCCCCAGGGAACAUCAUGGGCGUGGGGCAGUGCCUGCUGCACGGCCUGACCGUGGUCAUCAGGAGGAAGUUCUCGGCCACUCGCUUCUGGGACGACUGCGCCAAGUACCGCUGCACG